UCUUCAUGAGAGGGUUUCUCCCUCCCUGAGAGUGCAUGGGAGAGGAAUUAACAACCUUUGGGCUAUGCUGCCACUGCAUUGAUUUGGGAACAUCCCCAAAAAAGGCCCUCACUCUCUUUGUGGAGUCCAGUAUACCAAGGGUUUGAAUAAUUACUGUUUAAUUCAAAAGUGACAACUUCCAAGAGGUGCCACAUGGGCACUGGUCCUAGUUUUUAAUUCCAAGUUUUCUUGUUCAUCCUUGAUAUAUUUAAUAGAAUUUCACUAAAUAAUAAACUCUUCUCUCUGUUAUUUGUGUGUGUGAUUUUUGUAGUGGAGAAGGCAAAUGCAAAGCCCUUCCAGAUGACUGAAAAACAGUGGGUCCUCUGCAGCUACAGGGGAUUCUAGCCAUUAACUAAAGGCCAGCAAGCACUCAAGUCCCCAAGUGUUUUCCUGGUGUAACCACUUGUUAACUACAUUUUCUCUUCUUCUUUUUAUUUUUACAUUUUAGGGUGUUACAGUAAUUUGAAAGGCAAUGAGCAGGGUUUUUGGAACUUACCUUAAAAGCAAAGUGCUGAGAAGACACCUCUUCUUACAGAAGUCUUAUUAAACUCUUCUAGACUUGCUUUAGAAGUAACUGAUUUCCAUUGUACUUGUGCAUUUCUUGAUUUACUUCUGGGAAAGGUUGAAUUGAAUGAAAUCUUGCAGAUUAACUCGUACUACAGUGCUAAGUUGGGUACAUGGCCUGGGGUCACACCUGUAAUCUGUCAUGCUGGAGCUGUCUCUUGAGGCCUGGGGAGCUGUCUUAUCUUACCUUUGUGUUCCUUAAGCUUAAAAGAUACGAAACGUGAACUUAAAAGAUGUCCAGCCUAAUUCCAGGAGUGUAGGAAUGUGCAGCGUGGCCUCUGAUGAGCCCUGCUGCUUGCUGAGGGCACAGAGCCCCUUCUGCCAUGGAGUUACUGCUCCCGCUGCCCCUGCCCGAGAACAGCAGAGCUGAGAGGCUUCUUGGCCCUGUGCGGGUGCUGAACACAGCCCCAGUCCAGUGACGUUGUGCUGGAGUAUUCUCCAAGGCCCAUGGGAACAGUGCCAGUGGUUAACUCUUCCUCCAAGGAUAAACCCACUUUUCUCUUGUCAGUCCCGCUUUGUCCUCUGAGGAUAAACCUGGCACACAGAGAAACCUGCCCGGCAGCCGGGCUUCAGAAAACACAAUCAUUAAAGUAGAACAUUUUCCCGGGCCUGUUCAGGAGCCACUGCUGGGCUGUACCUUGUGUUGUCUGACAGUUCAGCUUUUAACGGCCUUGGCGCAUCACAAGGGAGAUGUUCGGCCAACAAAGCACUGCCCCUGGGUUGAUGAUCCCAUCCUUGUCCCUGUGCUGGAGUGCAGUUACCCCCCAAAAUUCAGCCUGCCAGGGUCCCACGUGAGCCAGGAGCAGCGUGUCCCCAGCCCACAGUGCCGCUGCUGCCGUGCCUAAAGCCAGGCCUGUGCUGAGCGGGGCCCUCCUCGCUGAUUUCUGCUGUCUAAUGAACCUGUGUGAUUAUUGCCUGUCACUAAAGCAAAUGUUUAUUGUCUGUUUAGUGCAAUAAUUCCCCCCCGUCCCAAGUUUUAGCUCACACAGACACUUUGGUGUUGGCUGUUGCUUUGUGUUAUAGAGCUAUACACAAAGGCUACGGUAAGGUUUAGUAUUUGUCAUUUUCUCUGGGCUAAUUCCUGGAUUUGGAAGGAACUCUUAAGGUUAAAGAUGGCUGGGGGGGGUGAUUAGGUUCUUUGGUUAAUGUUUGUUUCUUUUGUCUGUUUCUUUUUCUUUCAUUUCUACACAUUCAUGCAGUAUUUCAUGGUUCUAACAAAGCAGCAGUAAAAAAAGCUCUUGAAGCAUGAAAAUUAACUGGUGAGGGGCCUCAUUGCUUUUUUUAAAUUGUAGUUUAUUUAAAUACUUUUAAAAGAAACAAUUAGAGGAUCAGAUGCAUGAAUUUUUUUUAAUGGAUGCAGAUCUUCUGUGAGGUGUCUCGAGCUAAGUCUGAGGAUUUGUAUUUAGAUGCCAGAAAUGUUGUAGUUGCACUAAUUUGAAAUGUUUAGCUGUAAUUGAUAAAUAUCCUCUUGAGACAUAAUUUUGCAUGCCAAAUGACCCCAUAAUCUCUCUGUAGGUAUGUUGAUAUAUUUAUGCAUUCCUGCCCUUUGCCUCCAUGACCUUUUUCCCUGUCCCUCCAUAACUUUGGGUAUCUAAAGUGCUGCCAGCUCAGUGCCACGAGCCAGAUAUCAGUGCUGUGUAUUGUACGUUUGUGUAGAUUAUCGGCACUUCUCAGUAUAGGUGGGAGGAACCAUUACCUUUAUUUAACAGUGGUUUUUCUUUUUUGUUGUUGUGUUUUACAGUUCUUUUCCCUGGUUCAGCCUGAACUAUAUACCAGGCCCUGCUGAAAAUACCACCCAACAGUUUUCUUCUGCAGCUUAUCCAGUUUCUCUUAAGUGCCCUGUACAUAUUGUAUGUUUUAUGAUGAGAUGCAGUUUCUUAAUAUGUAUUUUACAGAAACACUACUGGUAUUUGCAACUAUAUAGUAAAACUGUUUUAUUGAACUCUCAUUUUGGGGGCUUGGGCACAUUAACAAAUUAAUCCAUCUGUAUAGGGCUUUUGCUGUUGGAUAGAGUAAAACUCCCUCCACAAGUGUUUGCUGUAGGGCCCUGAGCACUCUGUGUGCAGAGCAGGCAGCGCAGUAACCCCUGGGCUCAGCUGGCUGCCCGGCUUCGGGCCGCGAGUCCCCUGCCACGGCAGGUGGCAGCAGCACUGUUGGUGCUCUGAGCUGGCACAUAUUGGAACAAAAGCAUUUUACUGCACAGGUAAGGAAUGUGCCAGCAUCCCUGUGUGUAUCCCAGCCACAGACACACCCCCAGCAUUCCCGGAGAGCCGCAGGGACCGCGUUCCAUGCGACACGUCAGCAAAAGCCCUACCCAAAACACCCAUCCCUUCUCUUUAAGUUUGCCAAAAUUUGUAUGGUAGGUGUAAAAGAAAACAUAGUGAACUGUACCAUAUUAUUAACCCCUAAAUCCAACUUUUUUUGUCUUGUGUAUCUUGAUUUUUCUGUGUGCUUUGUAGUGAAGCAGCCGACACGAGUCGUUGUUCAUAAAACAGCUUUUGAAAGUUGAGAGCACUCUCACCCCUGGAGAACCGACUGUGCUUGCUUACGUUUGGUUCAUGACUUAAAAAUCGAGUACAGGAGUCAUUCCUGAUGAGACUAAGGCUUUGUCUCUCUUGGCACCAGCUAAUGCCGUGGCAGGGCUGCUGCCCGGGGGUGGCCUGCUGCCCACUCCCAACCCUCUCUCUCAGAUUGGUGCUGUCCCUUUAGCUGCUUUAGGAGCUCCUGCUCUCGACCCUGCCCUUGCUGCUCUUGGGCUUCCUGGAGCAAACCUGAACUCCCAGUCUCUUGCAGCAGAUCAGCUCCUGAAACUGAUGAGCACAGUGGAUCCAAAGUUGAACCAUGUGGCUGCAGGUCUGGUGUCCCCCAGUCUGAAAUCAGAUACCUCCAGUAAAGAAAUAGAAGAGGCCAUGAAGAGAGUCCGAGAAGCACAGUCCUUAAUUUCUGCUGCUAUAGAGCCAGACAAAAAAGAUGAAAAACGAAGACAUUCGAGGUCGAGGUCGCGCUCGAGGAGGAGGAGGACACCUUCCUCAUCCAGACACAGACGCUCCAGGAGCAGAUCGAGGAGAAGGUCCCAUUCCAAAUCCAGAAGCAGGAGGCGAUCCAAAAGUCCGAGGAGAAGGAGAUCUCAUUCCAGAGAGAGGAGGAGGUCUCGGAGCACAUCCAAAUCCAGGGAUAAAAAGAAGGAAGAGAAAGAAAAGAAACGUUCUAAAACUCCCCCCAAAAGCUACAGCACAACCAGAAGAUCCAGAAGCACAAGCAGAGAACGGCGGCGCCGGCGGAGCCGGAGCGGGACACGGUCCCCGAAAAAGCCCAGGUCUCCCAAACGGAAAAUGUCCCGGUCCCCGUCGCCCAGAAGGCAUAAAAAGGAAAAGAAGAAGGAUAAAGACAAGGAGAGGAGCAGGGACGAGAGGGAGCGGUCAACGAGCAAGAAAAAGAAGAGCAAAGACAAGGAGAAGGAUCGCGACCGCAAAUCCGAGAGCGACAAGGAUGUGAAACAGGUCACAAGGGACUACGACGAGGAGGAACAGGGCUACGACAGCGAGAAGGAGAAGAAGGAGGAGAAGAAGGUGGCGGAUGCUCCCUCCCCCAAAGGGAAGGAGCCCGGAGCCGAGAAGGGCAGUGGGGACCCGGGCAGGGAGUCCAAGGUGAACGGGGACGACCACCACGAGGAGGACAUGGACAUGAGCGACUGAGCCGCCCACAGCCCCUCCAGUGUGAUCCUUUAUGAUGCUGUACUUGUUAAUCCUCAACCUAGAUGUAUCCAGCUCCGAGCUCUCCAUGGUCUGUCCAUCCCGAUACUAACUCACACCCAAAGCUUGAGACAGGGAUCCCCUGCUCCGGGGGCCCAGCUGGGGCCGGGCCAGGCCGCACGUCCCUCCCGCAGCAGGGGCUGGGCCACCCCUCCUCCCUCCCUCCCUCCCUCCCUGCUUCCCUCCCUCCAGAGCGUCCCGGGCUGAGCAGCAGGCCCCAGCAGUGUGGCAAUGUCCCGGGAGUGUGGGGAGUGUGGCACGGCCCCCCUGUCCUGUGGGAAUGCCCUGGGACUGUGGCACAGCCCCUCCUGUCCUGCAGCCUCCGGGGGCCUCCCGGCCGCUCCGGAGUCGGCCUUGGAUCGCACCAGCUCUUCGUGCCCUUGGCUUUAGUUCUGGUUUCAAGCCACGCGCUGGGCUCGGUUGGGUUUGGGUUCCCGGUGGGUUUUGGUUGGCUGUGCCCAGGGUUCUGUGCCCUGACCUUCCUGAGGGCUCUCUCUCCACUGUGUCCGUUCAGCUCCAGCCAGGGCGAACUGGGAUGGUCUGACCUCGGGAAGGGGAAGCCCGGCCGUGCCCAGUGAGGGAGGGUUGGGGGAGCAGCCUCAGCCAGGGCUGGGGGCUCAGGAGCUCACCCGCUGCAGCAGGGAGUGCAUUUUAAAAUGACCUUGGUCUGUUUUUAAAGCGAGUCCAUUGAUAAUGUACUUUUUACUUGAUCUCAAGUUGUACAAACGGAUAAAUUUGUGUUCCUGUCCCGGCCGUUCCCUCCCUCCCGCACUCGGUGAUCCCAUGGUAUUUGCAGAGUAGUUACCCAAAGCUGUUCCUUAGUUCCAGCAGCUCCAGAGCUUUUACUUUUGUGCAGGUAAAGAGACAAAAGUAGCCGACAGUCUGUGCCAUGUCGAUGUACAGUUUCGGAAAAUGUUUUACAAAACUUUGAUAAUAAAACCCUGAAACUUCCAA